CCAGUGACCCGCCCGCGAUGCUCUGUCAGACGUGGCGAAAGCCCAGACGGCCAGGCCUGGGGGCCUCUGUCUUGCCCGGCGCAGGUCUGGCCCUGUUUCCCCUCUCCCGUGUAGCCAUUUCUGCCUUCGGGGAGCCCUCAAUUCCUGUUGACUCAAAGAGCUCCCUCCAUCUUCCACCGCAAGCCUGUCAGCUCAGACGUCCUCAUAAUCUCUGAACCCGUUUUGGUCAGGACAGGAAGCGCAAGGCUCCCUUCCUGCCCGUGUUUUCCUGAGAGAAAACUAUCUUCCCUCCUUUUUUGCAUAUUUGGCAAAUGGUCCCACCUUUCUCUCCGCCCCAGUGGAGUGUGCAGGCGGUGGUGGAGGAGACGGGCCGCCACCCCGGGGGACAGCAGGGUCCCUCUUAGGCGGCUGAGUCGAGGGGACUCCACGCGGCCCAGGGUCCAAAGACCCCAACCCAGUCCUCAAAAGGCAGCGCCCGUAGGUCUCUGGGAGGCACGCGCUCACCGAUAACCUGAGGACAAUGGAUGCUGAUGAGAGUCGAGACAUGUCCCGAGUUUCAGGGAAGGAAAGCCCCCCGGUGAGUGACACUCCGGAUGAUGGGGACGAACCGAUGCCCGUCCCCGAAGACCUUUCCACCACGUCUGGAGGACAGCAGAGCUCCAAGUCGGAGAGAGGAGCGGUUACAUAUGGGGCCGAUGGCUUUAGGGAUUUUCAUGCACUCAUUCCCAAAUCUUUCUCUCCCGGUAAUGUUAAAGUAGAGGCUCAGAGUGAUGAAGAGAAUGGGCGGGCCUGUGAAGUGAAUGGGGAAGAAUGUGCGGAGGAUUUACGAGUGCUUGAUGCCGCGGGAGAGAAAAUGAAUGGCCCCCACAGUGGCCAAGGCAGCAGAGCUCUGUCAGGAGCUGGAGGCAUUCGACUUCCUAACGGCAAACUAAAGUGUGAUGUCUGUGGGAUAAUUUGCAUCGGCCCCAAUGUGCUCAUGGUCCACAAAAGAAGCCACACUGGCGAGCGGCCUUUCCAGUGCAACCAGUGCGGAGCUUCGUUCACGCAGAAGGGCAACCUGCUUCGGCACAUCAAGCUGCACUCUGGGGAGAAGCCCUUUAAGUGUCAUCUCUGCAAUUACGCGUGCCGCCGGCGGGACGCCCUCACUGGCCACCUGAGGACGCACUCCGUUGGUAAACCUCACAAAUGUGGAUAUUGUGGCCGAAGCUAUAAACAGCGAAGCUCUUUAGAGGAACAUAAAGAGCGUUGCCACAACUACUUGCAAAGCAUGGGCCUUCCAGGCACGCUGUACCCAGUCAUUAAAGAAGAAGCUAAUCACAGUGAGAUGGCAGAAGAUCUGUGCAAGAUAGGAUCAGAGAGAUCCCUCGUGCUGGACAGACUAGCAAGUAACGUCGCCAAACGUAAGAGCUCUAUGCCUCAGAAAUUUGUUGGGGACAAGUGUCUGUCGGACAUGCCCUACGACGGCGGCGCCAGCUACGAGAAGGAAAACGAGAUGAUGCAGACCCACGUGAUGGACCAAGCCAUCAACAACGCCAUCAGCUACCUGGGGGCAGAGUCCCUGCGCCCUCUGGUGCAGACGCCCUCGGGCAGCUCGGAGGUCGUCCCGGGCAUCAGCCCCAUGUACCAGCUCCACAAGCCCCACGCGGAGGGCCCCCCGAGGUCCAACCACGCGGCCCAGGACAGUGCCGUGGAGAACCUGCUGCUGCUCUCCAAGGCCAAGUCCGUGUCCUCCGAGAGGGAGGCGUCCCCGAACAACAGCUGCCAAGACUCGACGGACACCGAGAGCAACGCCGAGGAGCAGCGGGGCGGCCUCAUCUACCUGACCAACCACAUCACACCCCAUGCGCGCAACGGCCUGUCCAUCAAGGAGGAGCACGUGGCCUACGACGUGCUGCGGGCGGCCUCCGACGGCUCCCAGGACGCCUGCCGCGUGAUCGGCGCGGGCGGGGAGCCCAUGAAGGUGUACAAGUGCGAACACUGCAGGGUGCUCUUCCUGGACCACGUCAUGUACACCAUCCACAUGGGCUGUCACGGCUUCCGUGAUCCUUUUGAGUGCAACAUGUGCGGCUACCACAGCCAGGACCGCUACGAGUUCUCGUCCCACAUCACCCGGGGCGAGCACCGCUUCCACAUGAGCUAAACCCCGCUCGCGGCUGCCGGCCCGCAGAGGAAGCACGCGGGGGUGGGGGUGGGGGGAGGGGAGGGGCGGACAGGCCCUCCCGCCAGCAGCACGGACUGGACCAGAACCUUGUGCUUUUGAUUUCUCGGUGGUUCUCUUGUUUUGUUUUGUAGUUUUCGGUCGGUUGGCGUUUGAUUUGCUUUGGAACACGAGGUGAUUUUUUUUUUUUAUGGUUAGUUGCAGGGUUACGUUUGGAGCACCCCCCCCCCAAACCGCUCUCUUCCUAGAUGUUUGCCAUAGACUGCGAGCUGAAGUCCCCUCUAGCUGUGGCUUCCUGGAAGCCCCCUGCCCGCCCCCCUCCGCAAGACUCAUCACUUUCAGAGAAAGUUUGAUACAAACAGGUCAGAGCCCAGGAAGGAAUGAGCCGGGGAGCAGACCUCCAGGCGCCCCCCCCUCCCAACGCAGCAGGGUCUAGAAACCCAAGUCAUAGCUUCUGGCCGUGUGUGUCUAGGGCUGGAGGCCUGCAGUUUCUAAGAGAUGUUGUAAGUCACAGCCCGCACAAAAGGCAAAUUGUUGGAGGAAAGUUGGACUCCUUGGACAAAGGGAGGGGCCGGAGAGCCUGUUGGUCUGGUUCUCAAUUUCAAAACCGAGGUAGCCUUCCAAGGCUGGCGGGCGAGCAGAAGAGUCUGAACACUGUAUUCCUGGAGGCAGGUGUGGAGACCGCUGCCCUCUGCCUACUCCAGUCCGUGCCUUUCAUGGCCCAGAGUCUAUCACUAUGUUUCUAACAUCCAUCCCAAAACUUGGACCUUACUUCCUCUGAACCUCUCAAAGGGUCAAAUUACCGCGAAACCAAGGCUUGAUUCCAAAUUCUACACCCGUUGCUUCCCUGGCUGGUUCCCCUGACAGGCAGAAGCCUGCCUUACCUUCAGAGGCCCAACCUAGACCCCACUUCAACUAUGUCGUUGUUUUGUUUGUCGGUAAGUUUCUUUCCCUGCCCUCAUUCUGCAUCAUUCAGGUUUUAAAAUCCACGAAAGCAGGGUUCAGGAUGGUCAUUAAUUUUCAGAGCAAGGGAACGUGACAGGCAAGGCCCAGGAGACGUUGUUCAUACACAGGACCCACGCCUUGGAAACCAAACUUUGAAACAGCCUGAGACUCCCCCGUGAGGACAGAGCAGUCCCUGUGUGCCUGCACAUGGACAUGAUGUGUGGCCCCGCGUCCCUUCUCCCUGGGAAUGUGGAACGGUCGGGAGCGAUCGCAUAACCAGCCAGCGGGAUCUGAUGGGAAAGAGGCAGGUGGUGGCAGAGGGAGAACCUUCCUCAGGCAUGACGGGAGCCCCGCUGAAGUGUUUGGUGAUUCGGAUGCCAACCCAGAGGGGUCACCCUCAAGGUUCAUCCUGUCGUUAAGGAUAAUGACCCCAACCACCUAAGCAAAUGAGAGCACACGGUUUCACACCUUUACGUGUCUUCGCCAAAACUGAGCCAAGGUGAACACGGGGAAAAAGAAAACAGAGGAAAAAUUGUCCAUUGGCCCCUCUGCAUUUAGUCUAAAUCGAGGUUUCUUAGUCACGGUGCUCUUGACAUUUGGGGCUGGGCAGUUCUUUGUGGUGGGGGAUUCUCCUGUGGGUUCUUAGCAUCCUUCCUGGUCACUACCUAACAGAUACCCGUAGUAUCCCCAUUCGACACCCCAAAAUCUCUCCAGAUGUUGCCACAUAUCCCCUGGGGAGCAAAUCCUCCCUAGUCGAGAACCGCUGCUCUCGUUCUAAGCUAGUCCAAGGUCUGGGGAAGCCUUCCAAAGAGAAACACGCUGGAAGAACUUUCCCCCUCCGCCGUGUAGCCCCUGACCCGUGUUCCUCUGUGUUCAUCGCAAAUUCUAGAAAUGAAUUUAUCCCACCUUCCUGUGCGCAUUUGGGUUUUGCUGAGAGGAUGAAGUCCACACCCAUCCUUGAGUCACACGUUUCUUGGCUUACAGGACGGGGACGGUGUUUUGAAACUGGAAAGAAACAUGCAUUGACGCAGGGGCGUGCAAAGGCCCUGGGUAAAGUGCUGUAGAGACAGAUAGGGGGCGCGGGCAGUUCCAUACGCAGCCACAAAGAAAGUGAGAGAGACACAAAUUUCCUGUUUGCUGGGGCCACUCAGACCAGCCCUGUUCCCUUCCAUCAUCCCACAGAGCCAGUUGGUUGAAAGGAGUUAACUCCCCCCCCCCAAAAAAAAACUUCUCACCCCUGCCCCUCGCUGUGGCUUCAAACAAAGCUUAACCCAGAACUGUAAAUAGCAGUUACAAGUGUUCUUUUCUAAAGCGCUUCCCCUCCGCUCACUGCCUUUUCUAGCCAAUGUAACCAUCUAUUUACACACCUUUUCUUGUGGUGUUCUAUGCUAACACCGUUUUUCUUUCAGAUUAUUGUGUUGGAGGUAACGGUCCCAUAGAAUGUCAGCUGGUAACUAAGUUACGUUAGGAAGGUGGUCAUAUUCUGUACCAAAAGCCGUUCACGUUUUUCUUCUAGCCGAGCAACGUAGGAUUGUGCAUGACCUCACGCCUUUUCUGUUCUGUGGUCUGUUCUGCUGCUGGAUGGUGUGAAUGUGUGUCUCGAGAACCGCUGUGUUCUGAAGUGUGCCUAGGCUUCGUGCCCCCGCAUUUGAAAAUAAACGUCAGAGACAAGAGCGCCACUCUCGCGGGUAGAUGUGUGGGUUAUAGUAAGAAAUCGCUGCCCCUCUGUCUCUGAGCUUCUGUGGACCGAAAGCCUGGAUGCCUGCUCCUUAUCCAGGUCCCUUCUGUGCCGUAUGCCUUAGAGCACACGCUGCCCUGUCCAAAGAGUCACUAAAAAAGAAUUGUGACUUUUCUUCAUCCGUCACCAAGGGGCGUAUGCCUGUCACUUCAGAGACCAGAGUGUUCCAUUUUCAAUGUAGAACCCACCACAUGAAAUCUUAGAGUCUUCAUUGAGAAAGAAAGCUACUGUUACGGGCAUUCAAGUUUGUUCUUUUUUUUGGGGGGGGAGGGGGGUUCUUUCUGUUUUUGUGGGGAUUUUUUUUCUUGUUUGUUCUCAUCACUGUGUAACCCUGAUGAGCGUCAUGCUCUUGCCAAAACAAAAGCGACAUCUAAUGGACUUACAUAGGUUGGGAAGCAAAGUAUUACUCUAUCCUGCACUUCCUAAGUUUCAGCAAUAAUGAAGGGUCAGCUCUAUCUAAAACUCCCGAUAGCUGUCAUAUUCAGUUCGGUGUGUGUGUGUGUGUGUGUGUGUGUGUGUGUGUGUCUGUGUGUUUUACUUAAAAAAUGAACCAAACUCAGAUUUAUUUAAGAUGUUCAGUCUUGGGAAAACGGAAGCACAUCCACAGUUGGUGUGGUCUUGGUGUGGUGGCAUUCACUGUGAACAGACGUAGCCAGAAAUUAAUAUGCAAUAUUGUUUUAAAUACUUUCUAAUACACUUUUCUAUGAUGUUGUGUGUGUAGCCAGUGCUGCCUGGGGUCUUCGUCCACCAUUCUGGAAAAUAUGUGUACAGGACUGUAAAUGAGAAAAAAAUGCUGUUGUAUUUGCUAUCCGCCUCUCUGGUGAUGUUAAAUUAUUUCUGUUUAGCUGUGAACAAGGGGCGUGCCCCUGGAGGGAUAGAGGAUACUUUUGUACACAUUUUGAAAUGCUUUUUUCUGUAGUGGUAGAACAAUAAAUGCAACAAACACUU